AUGCCUUCAAAUCUAUUUGAGUACUAUGCAUGGGACUAUCGCCUCCUAAAGAGAUUUGCUCGGCAUUACUCAACCGGUGAGACAAUACCCGAAAAGUUAGUGAGCUCAUUACAAGGUGCGAGGAACAUGUUUGCAGCAACUGAAAUGCAACGCCAGGUGUUUUAUGCGUUGAUCGACCAAAUGCUAUUCGGAGAACAACCAGAGACAGCAAGAGACGUGAGUCAACUCGUGGCUGAACUAAAACGAGAACACACUAGCUGGAACCAUGUUGAAGGAACACAUUGGCAUAUACGAUUCAGUCACCUACUGAACUAUGGAGCAGGGUACUAUAGUUACAUAUACGCCAAGUGCUUUGCGUCGACUAUAUGGCAAUCAAUAUGUGAAGAGGAUCCGCUUUCGUUGAGCACAGGGACGUUGCUGAGAGAGAAGUUCUUCAAACAUGGAGGAGCUAAAGAUCCAGCGGAGCUUCUCAAGGAUCUUGCGGGCAAAGAGAUUAUUAGCCUUCAUGGUGAAGGCAUUGUCCCUGCAACCACGUGCCUUUUAAAUGAGCUGAAACUGUGA